UCGUAUUCCAUUUUCUCGGUUUCAUUUUGUGCUUGUUUCUUCCCUUCUUCCUCUUGCUCUCUUUCGCGUCUUGACUCUGCAAGUUUUUAUUUUUCUAUGCAGAGGAAGACCAGACACAGGGAAGAAAGAAGCAAAAACACAACGCGUAAACCCUAAAUAGUCUCUAUUUCUUCUCUCUCAAUGGAGCAUCACCAAGCUUUCUCUGCUACUGCUUUCUCCAGUAAGCUCGCUAAUGGUGGAGGCUUAGCUGGAAAGCACGUGUACGACGGUGCUUUUGGCGGUUUGGUGAAGCCUGGGUCACGAAUAGAGGAUUACAGAGAUAUAUUUGGUGGUUCUGGUGCUUGUUCGAUUCCGAUUCUGGAUUUUCCGGAGCUGGACAGAAAGACUUCGGUGGACGCACGGAACCCGACGACGCCAGAAUACUCAAAGAUUUUCUGUGGUUUUGCAGAGAUGGAGUUUGCUGUGUCUUACGAGGAAUUGUUUUCAAAAUCAAAGAAAGUGAAGAAUUCGUCUCAGGAGGCUCGCGUUGCAGCUAGAGCAAGGUUCUGCCCUGCAGGGCCAAAAUUUUAUAAUGUUUCAGAACAGCAACAAGUCCCAUCGCCAGAAGUAGCUUUCCAGCAGCUUGAUGGGGGGAAACAGUUCAACAUGUCAUAUGAUAAAAGCAAUCUUGAAAGCAAAACUGUGACAAAUGGAAAGACAAAUGAUGCUCAUUUCCACACUGUUCCUGGUUACAAUUGUUCGAUUGAUGAAAUCACUUUGUCGCAGAUGACUGAAGCUGACAAGCCAGUACACACAGUAUUAAAUGAUGCUCAUCUGAAUUUUAUUGUCGCUGAGGGGAUAAAGCAAAGCAAACCACUCCGGAAAGUUUUGUCAGGGCCACAACCUAGAGACUCUGCUAAAAAUAAUUCUAGAGAUCAUGCCAACUUCCAGACAAAAUCCAUCAGGCAUAGAUCCUUUUCAAAUGAUGUAUCAUUUGAUGCAUUUGAAAUUGGCCUUGGCACACAUCCAUCAACAGUGGCAACACCUCUAGGCUCAUUACCUAAUAGGUAUGGCAUGAGGUCAAUGAAUUCAAAGUUUGGGGAUUUUAGUAAUGAUGUUUCUGAAGGUGCUGCUGGUAGUUAUUCACCACCUUUAUUUGAUGAGGAAAUAGAUGCUAAUUCAGCUGCAGCUGCUUCUGUAGCUGCUGUGAAGAAGGCAAUAGAGGCUGCUCAAAUGAAGAUCAAAAUAGCCAAAGAAUUGAUGGAAAGAAAGCAAGGUUUUCAAAAUCAUGUGAGACCAAGAUUUAGAGAUGGAUUGAAAGGUGAGAAAAGGGAGGUUAAAGCUGCAGAAAAAGCAAAUAGAUCCAUAGAGGAGGAGGCCAGGGAAAUGCUUCAGAAAGUUUAUACUCCAAAGCAAGUUUUCACCAGCUUAGUAGAGCACAGUUCAACAAAAGUAAGCCAAGUUACCUCUGAAUUCAGAAAUGUGAAGAAAUCAUCUCCUACAAGAAAUGCAGUUGGGAAAACAAACAGCACAGGAUCCAAAUUGGCUCAAGUGGAUAAUAGUGUGGAAGCAGAAAGCAGGAAAGCAACUGAACCUGCUGAUACCAGUGACCACAGGGCAAUAACAUCAGAGGUUGAUCAGGCAAACAAUGCCAAAAAAAUGAUUCCAACUGCUAAUGAAAACAAAUGCAGGGAGAAGAUGACAGGAGAGGAAAACAUUGAGAAGUCAGUGGAGUAUGAUGAUGAGAAACCAAAAUCAUUUGAGGAGGCCCCUAAGCAGGAGAAGGUAGAGAGGGAACUGAAUUCAGAGGAAGCAGCAUUUGAAUGGGAUGUAUACGGAAACAAUAGCAAGCCAGCUGAAGUGCUUUAUCAUCAUAUAGAAAAUGAAGAGAAAAUCAGAGUUUCUUAUAAGCAAAAAGAAGCAGGUCAAGUACCUAACCACUGUGAACAGGAAGAAUGUGAGACCAUAGCGAAAAGGCUGCAUGAACGAGAAGAAAAUACAGAACUUGAAAUGAAGGAACUAAAAGAAGCUCAAAAUUGGGUGAACAUUGAGAAGAAACAAAGAGAUGCGCACAAUUGUGAGAAAAUGGAGGAAAGAUCAAGUGAAAUUCCAGCGGUACAUGAGUAUGAGAGGAGGCUAGAUGAAACUCAUAGCCAUGAAGAAAAUGGGAAGGGAGAGAAAGAAUAUUUAGAGGGGAUAGCAAGUGAAAAGGAACAACAAGAGGGUUCAUAUUUGGAAAAUGAGAAGAAACUAAGUGAUGCCAAGCCAGAGGAUGCUGGGAAGUUCGUUCAGGUUCAUGAACAGGAAGCAAUUAAGGUGAAAUUUAAUGUCUUUUGGGAUAAGGAAGAAAGUCAGGAGGUGCUUAGAGAAGAUUGUGGGACAAAAGGCAAUGAGAACCUGGAAGAGGCCAAACAAAAAGAGGAGAUGCUCAAAGAAGAUUAUCACAUAAAUGAAACAGAGAGCGAAAGGACUUGCAGAGUGUUAGAAACUGAGAGGAUACAAACACAGAUUCAUCCGGUGGCAGAAGAUGAGAGAUUCCAGGAGAACAAUCUUGAAGCAACUAAUGAUGUGGAUGAACUAGAGAAAAAUGAGAAUGCAGGAAAUGCUGAUGAAGCCCAUGGGGAUAAAAGAAGAUUUAAGCAUGUGGAAGUAACUGCUGACGUACCUGCUUUUGAAGAGAAUGGGAAGAUGAGAGAGGUAAGUGAAGAUUCCUUUCCUAAGGAGAGUGGAAAAGAGUCAGAAGCAGUUGAAGAGGCAAAUGACCUUGUGGAAGAUGAGAAAUUUGGAACUGAUGUCCCUGAACAAGGUCUUGCUAGACUUGAUGGGAUUGAUAAGCAAGCAGCAGAUCUAUAUUUAGGUGAAACUGAUGUGAACCUGGAUUGCAAGCUAAAUGAUUUUCAUGUGGAGUACAAGAGUAUUUGUGAACAGGAAAAGCAUAAUGAAGAAGUGACUUUUCAAUUGGAUAAAAAUGAUAAGGAUGACAGUGAGUCUGAAGUUUGUCCCAGUGAUGAAGAGAAUGAGAGUAAUUUUCUACCUUCUCAUGAGGGAGGAUGGUCAGGUAAUGGGAUAGAGUCCAAAACACUGUGCGACUCAGUAAAGCAUGUUGAAGAAGAGGACUGUGAAUUGGGAGAAAAUAACCAGGAUGUGAAGAACUCUGAAGUUCCUACUAAUCAUGAUGAAGAGAUUUAUUUUGAAUCUUCUUCUGAGAAAGAAGAGAUGAAUAAUAGGUUUGACAUGCAAGCCGGUCAGCAGCCCCACAUAUUUGAGGAAGGAAAAACGAAGAUGGGAAUAUCACAGGAGGAGAGAAUAAACCAAAAUAUUGAUAAAAAAGAUAAGUAUGAUGAGUCUCCAACAGAAGAAAAGAGGGAAGCUGAAGAUUAUUUGAAAAAGGAAGUGCUGUUGGAAAAGGAUCAUGGCAGAAAGGAAGAAGAAAAAAUGAGAGAAAUGGAAAAGGAAAAGGAAAAGGAAAGGAAAGCUGUGGAAAGAGCGAUUCGAGAAGCUCGUGAAAGGGCUUUUGCUGAAGCCCGAGAAAGGGCAGAAAGGAUUGCUGCAGCAAGAGCAAGUGCAGCAGCUCAUCAAAAGGCAAUGGCAGAUGCCCAGGAAAGGUUAGAGAAGGCUUGUACUGAAGCUAUUGCUAAGUCAGCAGCAGAGAAGGCAUCUAUGGAAGCCAAACUAAAGGCGGAGCGGGCUGCAGUUGAGAGAGCAACCGCAGAGGCUAGGGAACGUGCCCUGGAAAAGGCAUUGUCUGAGAAAGCUAAGGCCAGAAAUCAUGCUGAGAAGUUCUCUGGACCUUCAAGAGAUGCUGGAAUAAAAUCCGACGAUCAACAAUAUAAAGGUGCGGGUCCUUCCAACAGUUUCAAAUAUUCAAGCACAUCAUGUCAUGAUGAGAAAUUUAGUGGUGCUAAUGGUGAAUCAGCUGAAAGGUGUAAAGCUACAUUAGCAAGGAAUCAAAGGACAGCAGAACGAGCGGCAAAAGCUCUUGCGGAGAAGAACAUGCGUGAUCUUUUUGCUCAGAAAGAACAAGCUGAGAGAAAUAGAUUAGCAGAAACUUUGGAUGCUGAUGUUAAACGGUGGUCAAGUGGAAAGGAGAAGAAUUUGCGUGCCCUGCUCUCGACAUUACAAUAUAUUUUGGGCCCUGAUAGCGGUUGGCAACCAAUUUCUCUCACAGAUCUUAUAUCAACUGCUGCUGUGAAGAAAGCAUACCGCAAAGCCACUCUUUAUGUUCAUCCUGACAAGUUGCAGCAAAGAGGUGCAAGCAUACAACAGAAAUACACAUGUGAGAAGGUUUUCGAUCUUCUGAAGGAUGCUUGGAACAAAUUCAGUGCUGAAGAACGGUAGACUAUCCAGUCAUCUAGGCUGUCCUCUAACUAGCAUUUAUCAUUGGCAAACAAAUAGCAGCAACAUAUACUUCCAUGAUUGAAGCCUGUAACAUACAAAUAGGAAAAUAGGAAUUCGUAUUCUCAUUUAUGCAGCUUCUGCAAGCGCUGUGAUCGAGUUAAGGGAGGAGCAUUUUAAUCAUGUAUUAUUGUGCUGUUGAAAUUUAAUAAUCGUUGAAUACACAAGGAAAUGAAAUACAUUACUAUGAACAGUCGAUGCAA